AUGGAGGCCAACACCACGCAGGGGGCCGAGAGCGCCGUUGCAGAGGGGACUUUGCUGCCGCUGCCGCUGCUGGGCGUAGACUGGACCGGACCCGCGGCCGUCGGCUGCAUGGCCGCCGUCGUACUGACCAUCGUCGCCGAACCUCUCUUCAAUCGGUUCGACCUCAAGUGCCUGGCCAAGACCGCCGCCUCCACCUGCUUCCUCUGGACCGCGCUCGCCUCCGCCUCCGCCACCGCCGGCGCCGAUGGCCAGUGGUCGGCCUUUGCCCAGGUCGUGUUCGCAUCGCUGGCCCUGGGCUGGCUGGGCGACGUGUGCCUCCUGUCGCCCGGCAAGCGGGCCUUUCUGGUGGGCCUCGUGUCGUUCUUGGUGGGCCACCUCGGGUUCGCCUACGCCUUUGCGUGCCUGGGGCCGCCGGGCGAAUUUGAUGGGACGUGGCUGGCCGGUGGCUGCGCGGUGAUGGCGCCGCAGGUGGCCCUGGUCUACGCCUACCUUCGGAACCACCUGAAGGGCUUCAUGAAGUAUGCCGUCGUCAUCUACAUGCUCGUCAUCUCCUUCAUGUUACCUGCGGGCAUGUGGGCGGGUCGUGGCGUGGACACGAAGCAGUUCAACCUCCUGGUGGGCAGCUUCAUUUUCUGGAUGAGCGACUUGAGCGUGGCCAGGAACGCCUUCGUCAGCAAGGGACCCGAGAACGCCGUUCUGGGCCUGCCCCUGUACUACGCGGCGCAGCUGAUCAUCGCCUCCAACAUGUUCUGA